AUGGGUGACUGGGACCUCCUCAGCCGGUUGCUAGACAAGGUUCAGAAACACUCAACGGUAGUCGGGAAGAUCUGGCUGACUGUGCUGUUUGUCUUCAGGAUACUCGUGCUUGGAGCCGGUGCUGAGAAAGUGUGGGGUGACGAGCAGUCCGAUUUCAUCUGCAACACACAGCAACCCGGCUGCGAAAACGUCUGCUACGAUCACGCGUUCCCAAUCUCCCACAUUCGCUUCUGGGUGCUACAGAUCAUCUCGGUGUCCGCUCCUACUCUGGUCUACCUGGGCCAUGUCCUGCACGUCAUAAACGAGGAGAAGGGUAUGAGAGAAGCUAUGAAGAAGGCCCCAAAUGAUCAGGCCAACAUGUUCCAAAGUAAAGGCCUGAAACGUCCUAAAUACAGCAACGACAGUGGGAAAGUCAGCAUCCAAGGUCGUCUGCUGAGAAGCUACAUUUUGAAUUUGCUUUGCAAGAUCUUGCUGGAGGUUGGAUUUGUUUUAGGACAGUAUUACCUCUAUGGCUUUACGCUUCAUGCUCAAUAUGUAUGUAGUCGCUUCCCGUGCCCUCACAAAGUCGACUGUUUUCUGUCAAGACCAACCGAGAAGAACAUUUUCAUUUGGUUUAUGCUAGUGGUGUCCUGCGUGUCAUUGCUGCUGAACCUCAUUGAGGUCUUCUACCUGUGUGUCAAGAAGGUCGGUGAGUGCCUGAACCGUAAGAGCAACUACAAUGUCACCUCUGUGACCCCGGUUUUGACCAAGAAGACUUUUGAAAACAAAGACCACAUGUUACAGAACUGGAUGAAACGUGAGCUUCACCUUCAGAAAAAGGAAGUUGCCAAUGAAGUUGGCAAGCAUGCAAUUUUGGAAGACCAAAACACCAAUGACGUGGAAGAGGUUCAUAUCUGAGCUUCGUAAACAGAAACUUUCUCAAGGCCAGUUGAUACAAAUAUCAGUGAUAUCAGUUUCUUCCAUGUUGCACAGUACACAAUAUGGCCAAAAGUAUGUGGACACCUGUCUAUCACAGCCCUAUGUGCUUGUUGAACAUCCCAUUCCAAAACCAUGGGCAUUAACAUGGAGUUGGUUCCCCUCCACCUUUGCUGCUAUAAUAACCUCCAUUCUUCUGGGAAGACUUUCCACUAGAUUUUUGAGUGUGGUUGUGGGAG